AUUUGAUAAAAUGCUUGUGGUCUGUAUGCGAUUUGGAACAUCAAACUGCAAGUUGCUGUUUUCAUUCCGCAGUGAACCUUUAAAUGCGUCAGGGUGUAAAACAAUUGAAAUCGCGAGAAAACAUUUUUCUUCAGAUGAAAUGUCCAUACUUCUUGACAAAAAUGGAAGAGUGGUUGCUCUUGGAUAUGAAGUGGAGAUGAAAUAUGAAACCGAAAAAGAACAUCGACUAAUCAAACUUUCAAAAAAUGCCAUGAAAAUAGCUUUGGGUGUAUUAUCAGGAAACCCGUUAACAUACCAGAAAACUGCGGAUGUCGUUUUAUCCUGUUUGCAAUACAUGCUAGAAAUCUUGGAAGAACAGAUAAAAGAACGAGUAGGAUUUAUAUCUUUCGAAAAAGAUGUAUUUUUGGUUCUCAUUCUUCCUUCACACUUACAGCAUAUUGCGAGGGAAAUUUCAUCAAAAAAGAUUGGACCAAAACGUUACAGAUUUCUUAUUGUGUCUGAAAUUGAUGCGAUUGUCUGUCUUAUGGAUAGGCUGGAUGAAACUAUGAUGAGAUUGAAAACCAAACCUUGGAUAAAUUUUUCCGUCGGUUGUAGAUAUCUUCUACUAUUUUGUGGAGGUAUCACAAAUGCAACAAUACUGACGAUGAAUCCAGACGGCACACAUCAAACUAUCGUGUGUAAAGAAACUAGAGGAGGAUUUUAUAUAUAUCAUCGUGUGCUAAAUGUCAUCAGAGGGAUUUUUGGCAAGGAAGUUAUCGAAGAAUUUGAAAAAGAGGAAAAAAUACAUUAUCUACAAUGGAUGCAAGAAGUUGGCUCUCGAAAGAAGCGUUUAAGUACUGAAGGAUAUUUCCAAAUCCCUAUUGCAUCCAAUUUUCUUGAGUUUCAUAAAAGGAAAAUGAGAAGAGAACCAUCAAUAUACGAACAAAGUAAUUCAAUUUAUAAAGUUGAGCUUAUUGGAGAUCGAUCCUUCAUAAAUGGUAAAUUUAUAAUAGACGAGUGCUAUCAAGAAAUCUUAGAAUACACGGAGAAUGUUCUUGGUGAAUACGAAACAAACAAUAUUGUUUUAUAUGGUGGUCAUGGUAACUGUGAAUAUUUUCGAUUAUUGAUAUCAACACGAUUUCCAAAUGUUAGAAUUGUAGUACCGUACAAUUCUGAUCUCGCGAUUGCAAAAGGAGGAACUCUUUAUGGCCAUUUGCAUAAACCGCAAGUUUAACGAGCUUUAAAUUUAUUGUAAUUUCGUUUUGUAUCAGUAAGAAUAGAUCAUACUUAAUUAUUCAUAGCGUAAGGGUAGAAAAGACGUUAAACCCCUCCCCUAAAUUACUUUCGCAAAAAGCAUUAAAUGAAAAACAAAACUGAAGAACAUGAAAAAAAAACUGCACAAAAUGAACAGAUUUAGUUAAAAUCGAAUCAUUACUGAAGCAAACCAAAUAAUGAACUUAAAGCUGAACACGAUUCGUAAAGAAUGUGUCAGCAAUUUUUGUUCGGAUUCUCGCUUUAUCUGAAGACCCGUAUAUAAAGGACAGGACUUGGUAACAUUUCAGUGUAAUCAGUGGACAUCCGUGUAGACGGACGUAUGCUAUACAGCACUCGUUAGCGACAAUUAUAACCUAAUACUUCGUCAAAUGCUGACUGACGUUUUUCAUAAUAAUUGUUAGUCCAAAUGAAAUGACGACGGAUUUUUAUUUCCCGAUCAUGACAAGGAGCACACGGCGGGUGUGACCGGUCAGCAGGGGAUGCUCACUCCUCCAUGGCACCUGAUCCCAUCUCGGAUGUUUCGGAAGUCCGUGUUUGCUCUGCUCCUAUUUUGUAUUGUUUUAUGGACUUGAUAUUGAAUACUGCUCGUUAUCUCCAUAUCCUUCUUCGUCUUAUGCAGGAAAGUAAGAUACCAAAGAAA